AACCAUGAGGAUAAUGAAUUAUUUUUAUCUUUAAUAUCACAAUCUAUACCUAAAACUUACUCCGAUACAGAAACAAUUGAAGGCAGUGAAGAUAAUGAUGAAGUAUAUGAAAAAAGAAAAUCAAUUUUAGAUAACAUUUAUGCUAAACCAAAUGAAUUGAGUAAAAUUGAAAAUGAAUUAAAUAAUUAUCUAUCUUUAGAAGAGGAAGGAAAGAAUACUGAUCCAUUUGACUGGUGGAAACUAACACAAUUAUAUUUUCCAAUAUUAUCAACACUUGUGCGUAAAUAUUUGGAAAUUUGUCCAACAUCAGUUCCAUUCAAAAGAUUGUUUUCAAAUGUAGGAAAUAAUAUAACAGCAAAAAGAUCAAAUCUUAAACUAGAGUUAGUAGGUGAAAUGUUAUUUUUAGAAAGAAAUAUGAAUCUUUUUGAUAGUAUUUUUCCAUCAGAAGAUAGAUAA